AGAAGGAGGAGGCGGAAGAAAUGUUUAUAUACAGUCUAUGGAAGAAAUGUAUGAAAAAGUUGCUGACAAUUAAAAGGGAGGCAUAAACCAUCAUUAUUCAGGGGCGGGAGUGUUUUCUAGACCGAUGUGGAAAAGCGGAACCGCUGUCUCUAUUUUGAUAACUAUUUCUGCCUAUUACGCGUCGUUUUACUACAAGCCGAGAGAAACCAGGAAAACAGGUCGGUUUUAGACCAAUUUCUUGCCUUUCUUUAUGCUGUUUACAAGGUUCAUUGUUAGAAGAAUGUCCUCCAGUCUUCCCCGUCAUGUGAUCUGGGAGUCAGAGGGGCUGGUGGCCUACCUUCAUCCCAGGCCCUGGACCCCUGGCUCAGUUAUCCUGGAGCGUAGCACUCCUGGCAGCCUGGGAGGCAGCAUCUUCCACCUGGAGAAGCAGGAGUAUUUAUCUUGGCUGUUCGGGACAAGAGCCGUUGCAGAGCUGCUGUGUGACAGGCUGGCAGUUCAGAGGUGUGCACUGAUCAGCAGACCCCACCGAGAUAGACCUACCCAGAUCCGUGUCCUCCCUCUACAUGGACUGGAAGCAGAGUGGCGCCCUCACCUGGCAGAAGAAGAGAAGCACAAUGCCCACGACCCAGGGUACUGCACUUCCAAGAGCGCUCCCCGAUGGAGUGACUCCAGCCUGACUGAAAUCCAGGUAAAGAUUCGAGCCAAGCUCCCGUUACCUGACGCCCCGCCUAAUCUGACUUUCCUCGGAGACGAUCCAGCUCACCCUGGACUGUUUUCGCGCAUUGUUCGUGGGGAGGAGCAGCAUUGGCGGGUGUGGGAGGAUGAAGGUCAGGUGGCCUUUCUCACUCCUUUCCCCAACUCCCCUGGCUUUACUGUGCUGGUCCCACGCCGACCUUUGACCUCUGAUAUAUUCAGGCUAGAAAAGGGAGACUAUGAGAAACUGGUGCUGGCAGCCUGGAAGGUGUCCAGGCUUCUUGAGGAGGGGUUGGGUGCUUGGGGGGUGGGGCUUGUUUUUGAGGGUUUUGAGAUUGACUACGCUCACGCCAAAUUGAUACCACUGUUUCUACCUUCAUCGUUGGGGACGGAAGAUGACACCAAUGAACUGCCACCUCCCAAGUUUUACCCCACUUAUCCUGGAUAUGUGACCUCAGAAGAUGGACCUGAAGCCAGCCCGGGAAGUCUAAAGGAACUACACAUCAAAAUUACUCAGAUUUAAUGCUGUUAGUUAUAGAUUGAUUUCCUACUCAUGUACUAAACCCUUAAUAGUUACUUUUAGCUGUAAAGGAAUUCCUUCCUGCCUUAGUGAUUAACACGGAUUGUUUAACAUCACAAAAAAUGCUUAAUUUGCUACUGCAGAUAUCUAACAAUCCAAAAUUGACAAAUUCUGAAAGAUAAUCAUUUAAUUCAGAAGUCUAACAUCUUUAAAAAAAUAUGAUCAUGGCAAGGCUGCAUAAACUGCGAAUUAAAUAUUAAUGUGCCUCUGUCAAUUUCAGAAGUUGCAUUAAACUCUAAUAAACUGACUAAAAGGGAAUUUUUUAUUUUUUAUUUUUUUUUGUGGAGAUUCUAAGUGAAUUACAGCAGAUGUUUUGUAAGAAGACUCUCCUUUCUGUCUGCUUCAAGUUAUACAUUUCUACAUUCAUUUGGAAGUUUAAUAUACCAAAUAAGACACAUUAGUUAAAUGUAAAGUUGUUUUUAUACAUUCGAUGAAAGUAUUUGUGUAAAACUCAAAAUGGGAAAUGCAAAGACAAACCAUUCUGCAGUUUAAAAUUCUUUCACACAUUUACUUAAGAUGACAAACAAAAGUUAGUAUUAUUUAAAAUUCCUACAUAUCCAUUCUGAAGAAAAACAAUGUCAACCACAUAUAUUAGUUACAGUGAGUUAUAUUACCCUACAUUUUUUGAAAAUUCAGUCACCUGGUUUAAAAAAAAAACUCUUUCAGGGGACUUGUUAAUUCAUGUAAUACAGUCAUUAAACUGCCAA